GGCCCAUUAAAGAAUCAAAUAGACCAACACAGGACUAAUAACUAUUCCAGUCGAAUCUGAUCCAACAACUUAAACCCCGUUUGCAAUUCGCACACCUGACUUUGGCUAAGCUGAGCCAUCUUUGAGCAAGCUACUAAAGACUGACACGCUGCCCCCAUCCUGCAAAAGCAUGUUCACACGCGUCUAUCAAACAUUGAAGGAUAUAGAAUAUCUGUAUAUCUAUAUAGAUAUGCAUUUAUACACUAGAGCGACUCUUCGUGGAAAUAACUGACAAGAAGUAAAGAAGUAGGUGAAGUGAUAGAAAAGUGCAGAAGAGGAUAAGGUAACGCAGACACUGCAGAGGAGAGGAAGCUACACGAAAACGCGAAGCUCCGAUAUGGAUGGAGAUGGGAAAAAGAUAGAGAUGUUUCAAGUUGGUCCAUGCCAAGAUGCAUAUCAAUUCGGAUUUUUAAUUGGCAAAAGAUUCUCUAAACUCAUAAAGACUAGGCUUGCUACUGACUUCAUUCUUCAUAAUCAGCUUCUACCUUUUGCCAAUAAUACCCUUCAAUCCCAAUCACUCCUCCAAACCCUUUUCGAUAAUAAUAAAAAAAAAUUUCCAAGAUAUUGGGAUGAGCUCUUGGGUACUGCAGCGGGCAGCGCGGUGCCUCUUCUUCAUAUUUUACUUAUCAACUUCAGGAAGGAAAUUCUUGCGUUCAUUCCAAAAGAAGGAGCAAAGAGUUACAGUGCAGAUACCUUGGAUGACUGCUCUGAUGUUCUUGUUGUGGGUGAAUCUAUGGCCAUUGCGGCGCACAAUGAGGAUGCAAAUGUUGCGCUUGUUGGCCACACCUAUUUAAUCAAAAGAAUCUUGCCGGAUGGAAUGUUCUUCGUUGGUUACACUUAUGCUGGAGAGCUUCCAAGCUGUGCCUUUGGCUUCAAUAGCCAUGGACUGGCCUUCACUCUGGAUUCUGUACCGCCGGCUGAAGAUGAGAUCAUGGCUGGUGGCAUAGGUCGCAACUUCAUCUCUCGAGACAUUCUUGAAUCUACAUGCAUAGAGGAUGCCAUCAGUCGGAUCCGGUCAUCAGAAAUUUCUGUGGGGCAUUGCUACAACUUAAUUGAAACAAGUACACGCAGAAUACUCAAUGUAGAAACUGCCUCUAGGAAGCGGGAUUCAAUUUUUGAGGUACAUGAUGAGAACUCAAUCAGCAGGCAGAAAAGGGCAGCUGCCCUGCCCAAAAAGACAAAAGAGGAUUUUUUGUCACUACUAGGAGAUGCAGAUGACAGAAAAUACCCCAUCUACAUGACAGGUCCACUGCUUCACACGCUUUGCACUGCUGUUUUUGAUUUGGACGAACACACACUAUCAAUUAUUGAAGGGAAUCCUAAAAAAGGAGAUGUUUCUCAUGUCUUCUCUAUCAAACGUUGCCAUGGUGAUCACCCUAAUGCAAUUUAACUAUAAUAUGGAUUGCAAUACAUGAAGCUGUUAGUGGAAAUUCUGUUAUACCGGCUCAUAGAGGCCCAGCAUAUGACCAUCAAGACAGCGCAUAGCUGCAACCUGAUCACAAGCAAAUGACAACAAACCUUGUUUCAUUAUUCAAACAUUGAAAACUUUGAACAUUUAAAUGUUAAAUGAAUCAUUCAUUACCUUUCCGUGGAUCUCAUA